UCAGUGAGCUCAGCAUAAACACAGACCCAACAGUGAGUGUGUGAAGUUGUUCCUGAAGAAGAGAUGAAGAUGCUGCUCUUGGCUCUGAUUCUGCUCACGCUGUCUGGUGUUCUCACUCAGGACAAAAGUCGUUGGUCUGUGAAAUAUCCUGAUAAUCCGAUCUGUGCUGUGAGAGGAUUCAGUGUCUCCAUUCCCUGUAGUUAUUAUAAUGAUCCAACAUCAAAUCCCAAUAUUCAGGUGACACAAAAGCUUUGGUGCUCACUGAACUCAAACACAGAUGUUUGUUUAAACCCUCCGUAUGUUUAUGACAGCUCAUCAAACACCAACUCAGACUUUGAGUACGCUGGAGACGACAAAUCAAACUGCACUUUAUUAAUCCACAAUCUACAGUUCAGUUAUUCUGGAAAGUACAGAUUCAGAUUUAUAACUGCUAAUCCUAAUGACAGAUGGACAGGUGUUCCUGGAGCGACUCUACAAGUUGCAGAUUUAAAGGUGUCACUAAUCAGGCUCAGUGGAAACGGGACCCUUAAACAAGGAGACUCGUUAAAUCUGACGUGUGAUGUGAACUGCACACACAGUUCCUCACAGUUCAUGUGGUCUAAGAACAACGAGCCGUUAAAUACAUCAGGACCCGUUCUUCACUUUCCUGCUCUAACCGUGAGGGAUUCUGGGAAUUACACCUGCACUUGGAAAACCAACGAGGCCUCAGGAUCUGAAACGAUCAGCCUUCACGUCGAGGGUGAAAAUCCUAAAAAUCCUAAAAAUCCUGAAAAUCCUAAUCAGUGGUUAAUCUGGAUCAUUGUCUCGGUGACAGUUGGAAUGAUUUUCAUCAUCUCAGUCAUCGUAGGAGCUGUGAUUUACAUCAGGAGGAGGAAAUGUAAAGCUCCAGAAGAAAACGGGCAGGAAAGUGGAGAGAAAACACAGACAAAGCCACAGUUAAACCAAGUUUCUCAAGAUCCUGAUGAAGAAACGUUGAAGCAAGAGGAAGUAACUUACGCAUCUGUCCAAAUCAAACCAACAACCAAAGGGCAAGUCCACACUGAGCAGCAGCAGGAGGACGAUUCUGUGAUCUACAGCACUGUGAAAAAGGCCUGAUGAUGUUUUCACACCUCAUUCACCCACAGUGCAGAUGAGUUUUAUAUACUUGUCAUCAUAAGACCUGGAAUUUUUCCCCAAACAUGAAACUCAUUAUGAUUUAAGACUUGCUAAUAUCAUAGAAACUGUUAGUGUAUUUGCUGUAAACCUCCAGUGUGGAAGGAUACUGAAAUUAAUUUAUUUUCUACACAUUCUUGUGACUUCUUUAUUGUAAUUUAUGUUGUUUUUGGGGCGGCACGGUGGUGUAGUGGUUAGCGCUGUCGCCUCACAGCAAGAAGGUCCGGGUUCGAGCCCCGGGGCCGGCGAGGGCCUUUCUGUGUGGAGUUUGCAUGUUCUCCCCGUGUCCGCGUGGGUUUCCUCUGGGUACUCCGGUUUCCCCCACAGUCCAAAGACAUGCAGGUUAGGUUGACUGGUGACUCUAAAUUGACCGUAGGUGUGAAUGGGAGUGUGAAUGGUUGUCUGUGUCUAUGUGUCAGCCCUGUGAUGACCUGGUGACUUGUCCAGGGUGUACCCCGCCUUUCGCCCAUAGUCAGCUGGGAUAGGCUCCAGCUUGCCUGCGACCCUGUAGAAGGAUAAAGCGGCUAGAGAUAAUGAGAUGAGAUGUUGUUUUUGAGUAAACGGGCUUUGUUUUCUUCUGAGGAUGCUUUCAGACAGGUUUAGUUUCACAUGUGGAGAUAUUCGGCUCUGGUAAAAAUUAAGAGACCACUUCAAUUUCAUUUCAUUCCAGUGUCUGUGCUGGAAUUCCAACACAAGCACACCUCAUUUUCCUUAAUGAGGUACUGAUUAGGUGAUCACCUGAACCAAAUCUUAUUUAAUGAGGAAAAGUAUAAAAACCACUGCUGUGGUCAUCACUAUCCUUUUGCAGUAAGACCAGUUUGGAUGGCAAAAACAGUGCUAGUCAUGCCUUAUAUUUAAUUGGAAUAUAAAAAUUCAUCAUGCCAAAAGAGUUAAAAAGAAAAGUUUUGAGUGAGAAAAAGAAGGGUUCAAUUCUGGCUUUACUGGCAGAGGGAUACAGUGAGUGUCAGGUUCCUUCCAUCCUCAAAAUUUCAAAGAUAGCAGUUAAUAAGAACAAGGUCAAGCAGCAGACAAUGGGGACAACAAAGUUACAGACUGGUAGAGUGUGAAAAUGAUUCUCCACUGACAAAUGAUGAUUGUCAGCUCCUUCGAAUGUCACUCAACAACCAUAGGAUGACAUCAAGUGACCUACAAAAAGAAUGACAAAUGGCAGCUGGGGUUAAGUGCACAGAAAGGACAGUUCGAAACAAACUCCUUCAGGCAGGGCUGAAGUCAUACAAAGCUAGAAAAAAAGCCCUUCAUCAAUGAGAAGCAAAGAAGAUCCAGGCUGAGAUUGGCUAAAGAACAUAAGGAUUGGACCAUAAAGGACUGGAGUAAGGUAAUCUUCUCUGAUGAGUCCAAUUUUCAACUUUUCCCAUCAUUGGGUUGUCUAAUGGUUAGACAAAGACUUACAGAGGUCUGCAAGCCACAGUGUCUCACACCCAUUGUAAAAUUUGGUGCAGGAUCAGUAAUGAUCUGGGGGUGCUUCAGCAAGGCUGGAAUGGGGCAGAUUUUUGUUUGUGAAGGACACAUGAAUCAAGUCACAAAAAAGGUUAUUCUGAAAGAAAAUGUGCUUUGUUCUGCUCUGACAAUGUUCUCUAACUCUGAGGAUGAGGGUUUCCAGCAGGACAAUGCUUCAUACUAUACAGCCAGGUCAGUCAAGGUGUGGAUGGAGGACCACAAGAUCACGAACCUGUUAUGGCCAGUCCAAUCUCCAGACCUGAACCCCAUUCAAAAUGUCUAGAAUGUGAUCAUGAGGAAAAUGGAUGGUUACAAGCCAUCAAACAAAGCUGAGCUGAAUGAAUUUUUGCACCGGGGGGGCAUAAAGUUACCCAAGAGCAACGUGAAAGACUGGUGGAGAGUAUGCCAAGAUGCAUGAAAGCUAUGAUAAAAUGUCAGGGUUAUUCCACCAAAUAUUGAUUUCUGAACUCAUCCUAAGUUCAAAAAUUAGUAUUAUGUUGUUUAAAAUUGAAUGUGAUCUUGAUUUAUAUGCAUUAUUCAAGGUCUGAAAAUAUUUCAACUUUUUUUUUUUGACCAGUUGUCAUUUUCUAUAAUAAAAUGUUCUCUGUGACAAUAUUUUUUAUGUGGAAUUUGGGGGAAAUGUUAGUAGUUUAUGGAAUAAAACAAAAAUAUUCAUGUUUCUCAAACACAUACAAUGUCUUGGAAAAGUAUUCAUCCCCCUUGGUGUUUGUCCUGUUUUGUCACAUUACAAGCUGGAAUUAAAAUGGAUUUUUGAGA